AUGCCGGCCAGUCCUGUGGAGACACUUCGAGUCUUACUGAACUCCGAGAAGGCAAUAACUGUCCUGUGGAACCCGAGGGGCGCCGUGCGCCGCUGCGCAGACGAAAGUGCGGACACCGCACUCGGGCGGCUCUCGGGUGAGGACUCCCCACACCGCCUCCAGGGAGCAGCGCCGCAGGUCCGCUUCGACAAAAAACGUCUGAUUUCCCUAUGUGUUGGUUGCGGCAAUCAAAUUCACGAUCAGUAUAUUCUGAGGGUUUCUCCGGAUUUGGAAUGGCAUGCGGCGUGUUUGAAGUGUGCAGAGUGUAAUCAGUAUUUGGACGAGACCUGUACGUGCUUUGUUAGGGAUGGCAAAACCUACUGUAAAAGAGAUUAUAUCAGGUUAUACGGCAUCAAGUGCGCCAAAUGCAGCAUCGGCUUCAGCAAGAAUGACUUCGUGAUGCGCGCCCGCGCCAAGGUGUACCACAUCGAGUGUUUCCGCUGCGUGGCCUGCAGCCGCCAGCUCAUCCCCGGCGAUGAAUUCGCGCUGCGGGAGGACGGUCUCUUCUGCCGGGCGGACCACGACGUGGUGGAGCGGGCCAGCCUGGGCGGCGGGGACCCCCUCAGCCCCCUUCAUCCCGCCCGGCCGCUGCAGAUGGCAGCAGAACCUAUCUCUGCCAGACAGCCAGCUCUGCGACCCCACGUCCACAAGCAGCCCGAGAAGACCACCCGAGUCCGGACUGUCCUUAAUGAAAAACAGCUUCACACCUUGAGGACCUGCUACGCUGCCAAUCCCAGACCUGACGCCCUCAUGAAAGAGCAACUGGUAGAAAUGACUGGCCUCAGCCCGAGGGUCAUCAGGGUUUGGUUUCAAAACAAGCGCUGCAAGGACAAAAAGAGGAGCAUUAUGAUGAAGCAACUUCAGCAGCAGCAACCCAAUGACAAAACUAAUAUCCAAGGGAUGACAGGAACUCCAAUGGUGGCCGCUAGYCCGGAGAGACACGACGGUGGUUUGCAGGCGAACCCCGUGGAGGUGCAGAGUUACCAGCCGCCCUGGAAAGUACUGAGUGACUUCGCAUUGCAGAGUGACAUAGACCAACCUGCUUUUCAGCAACUAGUAAGUGUCGGUUCCCAGCCCGAGGCAGCCGGUACCCGGGUCAGAGCAAUGGGCGAUUCACUCCAGGUGCCAGAUGCCCUCAAAGAGACGAGGAAUCCAGACUAG